AUGAGCAAAUGGCAACAGUUCCAACGGCAGUUCGUGUCAAAUCUAGAGAAACAGAAACUGACCACCGACGCCAAACGGAACCUCAUCCUCUCGAUUUUAAAAUCAACCACAACAAAACGAGAAGCGAGAAACUAUCUCAAUAAAUACCAGAGUCAAUUCGACUUCUCGGGACUCGACUUCAACAAGAGUAUCAAGACCAUCAAUGACGAACAAAGUUUGACGAAACGAGACACCCAGCGUGGGUUAUUCAUUACACGGUAUUUGAACAAUCAGAAUCCAUUUGUUAACAUAUACGACAAAGAAGAUGUCAAACAAAAAAAGGUCCCUCUUAGAAUUGCUAUAUUCCAGAUCAAGUAUCCUAAAGUGACUUAUCAACAAUGGAAGGGGAUAGCUGAGACAUUUAAACGAUUGCUUACACUUGGGAUAUCUCCGAUUAUCUUGUUGGACUACGAUCAUUUUUUGACCGAUUCAUUUAAACUCAAUGAACAGUAUAUGAUUGAAGCUGCCAGUAAACUUCUAACCUACUUUGGCAGACCAGAGGAGGAAUCUGAACUCAAAGCAAUUGUUCUUCGUUCCUUAUUUACAAACAGAAAUGGUAAACUCUCAAUUGACAGUUUAGAACUGGUGCUUAUUCCCAUGUAUCAAGGGCUAGUGCCUAUCAUCCAACCAAUAGCAUACGAGUCCCAGUCAGCUAUGCAGGAAUUCAUAAGCACGGACCAACUAUUGUACAGUUUAUCAUCGGCAUUAGUGGAGAAGAGCACAUCGGACAUAUUAACCAUUGAGAAAAUAGUCAUGAUUGACCCCAUGGGGGGCAUUCCUUCGAUUGAACGAAACCAAUCUAGUCAUGUGUUUAUCAAUCUAUGUCAAGAGUACUCGGACAUUUUACUGGAACUCUACAUUGGACAUAUCGAACCAAAAGUGCGCGAUUUUCAUGUAUCCAAUCUUGAUUCCAUGAAUACUGUAUUGAGUUAUAUCAAUGAUCGUACCGGGAACGAUGAAACCACGGGGAUAAUAACCACUCCGGAAAUCAUGUCGGUGAAUCACGAUGAAUUGAACCCGAUAAUUUACAAUGUCUUGACUGAUCGACCCAUUAUUUCCAGUUCUUUGCCGAGCACAAACACGAGAACUCCACAAUUGUCUACGACUAUUAUAAAGAAGGGAGUUCGCGUAGACAUUUACGAUCAGGACAACUAUCCCGAUAAGUUCACGUUACAAAACUUGUUCCGAGAUAAUCUUAUCGAUAAAGAUCGCUUGAUUGAACUAAUGAAUGAUUCAUUUGGCAAACCCCUCGAUCUGGAGACGUACAUCAAUCGAAUUAAUGAAAAUUUGGCCACGCUAGUCAUUGUUGGGGAUUAUGACGGUGCUGCAAUAAUCACAUGGGAAUAUAGCCAGGGCGAGAAAAUUGCCUACUUGGACAAAUUCGCCAUUGCCAAGAAGAAUCAAGGAUUGCCAGGAUUAGCAGACAUCAUUUUCAAGAUCAUCCUCCUGUCGCAUCCUGUCGAGCUCAUCUGGCGGUCGAGGAAAGUCAACCCGGUGAACAAAUGGUACUGGGAACGGUGUUGCGGGUGCAUGAGCUCGCCUGAGUCACAAUGGAAGAUCUUCUACACGGGCGAGAUAUUCGAUAAGAAGAUUGACAAACGCAAGCGAAGCGUGCAUGGCCUUGACAUCAGUAAGAAGUUGCAACAGUACUCGGAAAUCUGCGAGGGCAUUCCACCAUCUUUUGUGUCAGUACCGCGGGUAAAUUAA